AUGUUUUGGGGAACCUUGGGCCGUACACCAUUGUUAAUAUGUUACUGUUACAAUCUUACGAAUGGAUCUACUAGUCUUGGAGAUUCGGUGCCUACAAACCCCUUUCUUCGAAAAAGCAAAGAAGAAAAACAUAAGAAAGAAAGGAAAGACGUUCAUGUUGUUGUUGUCGCUGCAGUAGUAGUUGUGGAAGUUGUAGUAGUUGUGGUUGUGGAUGUCGUUGAUGUCGUUGUGGUUGUCGUUCCUAAAGCUGCUGACGUAGUUGUGGUUGUCAUUCCCAAAUCUGCUGGCAUAGUUGUGGUUGUGGUUGUAGUUGUAGUUGUAGUUGUUGUCGUUGUCGUUCCUAAACUUGCUCGUAGCAGUUCCAGUAGAACAUCAAAAUACCAGAUUUAA